AUGGUCACCCGUGGCAUCUCCCAUGUGCGGACAACAAUUUGUUUCUCGUGGAUGCUUGGCUCGGGAGGUGGCGCAUAUUGCAUCUCGUUGAUGAUGAGGUUCCGCAAGAAGGGUGUUGUCUUGUUGUGGGAAGCGAGGUGGCUGGAAUCGCUGAAUACGUACAGGCCGGCCUCUGGGCUGGGCCUUCCCAACGUCCUGAAGCCCGAGGGAACUCAGCAGCAGUCCGGGGUGGGGAAUAACAACCGCCCCGACCCCUUUCUCGACGGCGGCAUAGGGGUCGUCAUCGGCGAGGAUCAGCUGGUCCGAGGUCUCGGUGACAUUGAGUAG